CAGGAGGUGACCAGAACACCACACCGUGCAGGAACACAAUAAGAAGUGGCUCAGAGACAAGUGUGCAAUCACUUCCGCCGUGCCUGGAUUGUUGAGUAACCUGUUUGCUCAUGUGAGGCUAUAAAGUGUAGAAAGCACAAUGUACAGUGUACAGUUCCUCAGUGACUCCCCGGGAGAAAGUGUGAGUACAGGAGCGCACAGACCAUGCUGCAAGCUGCACUGCUCCUGCUGGCACUGCUGGACUGCCAAGUCCUAGCAUUUGGCAGAAUACCUGAGGGACAGAAAUAUGAGGUUGUGUUUCCUGCAAAAGUCCAUUUUCUGCAUAAAAGAGACACACAGAGCACAUAUCCAGACCUGGUCCAGUACAGUGUACACGUGGAGGGAAAUCCCUUACUUUUACACCUUGAGAAGACCGAGAAUCUGAUAUCUGAUGAUUUCACAAUAACACUCUACAAAAAGGACGGAACUCUGGAAAUGACCAGGCCGAAGGAUCAGGACCACUGCUGUUACCAGGGGCAUGUGAAGCAGCACAGAGACUCUUCGCUCAGCAUUUGCACAUGUAAAGGGCUUAGUGGUCUCAUCCGUAUUCGAAACCGCAGAUUCUUGAUUGAACCAUUGAAUGCGACAGACACUGGAGAACAUGCAGUGUUUGAUGCCAAGGAGGAGCUCCCUAAAACCUGCGGAGUGACUAAUACCACAUGGAUGGACGGGAAGACUUCAAAAUCUUCUCGAUCCGGGAACAAUGCGGAGAAAAAUGCAUUUCUGAAAUCCCUGAAAUUUGUACAGCUGUACAUGGUGGUGGAUCAAACGAUUUUUUUAAAAUACAAUCGUAGCACAGAAGCCAUUAAAGAGAGACUAGCUGAGAUGAUUAAUUAUGUGAACGAGGUAUACAAACCCAUAGCCACAUUUGUGGCACUGAUUGGCAUAGCAAUUUGGGAAAAAGACCAGUUUCAGGUGUCCUCUUCGGCCAAUGUGAAUCUCGAUCGUUUCUCAAAUUGGAGGAAGGACAAACUUUUGCCAAAAAUACCUAAUGACAACGCCCAGUUCCUAACGAACACCGAUUUUGACGGACCUACAGUUGGACUGGCCUUUGUAGGUACCAUGUGUAGCGAUUCCCACUCAUCCGCUGUCAUUCAGGACCACAGUAGGCUUUCCAUCGCUGUUGGGGCCACCAUUGCUCAUGAGAUGGGACACAACUUGGGCAUGAAUCAUGAUACCAAUGCCUGCAAUUGCCCUGCAAAUUCCUGCAUCAUGGCGCCCACUCUGAGUUAUAACACCCCGCGUCUAUUCAGUUCCUGCAGUCUAAGUAAUUUCCAGGAGUUUAUCUUCGACCGCAUGCCGGAGUGUAUGAAAGACGAGCCAUCAAAGCAGCUAAUCCUGUCUCCUUCUGUGUGUGGAAAUAAGUUCACCGAGGUGGGGGAAGAUUGUGACUGCGGCACCGUGCAGGAAUGUACUAACCCUUGCUGUGAUGCUUCCACAUGCAAAUUCAAGGCAAAUGUUCAGUGUGCAGACGGGGAAUGUUGUGAGAAGUGCAAGAUUAAGAAAGCAGGAGCCGUCUGUCGACCCGCUAAAGAUGACUGUGAUCUGGCAGACAUGUGUAACGGGAAUUCUCCAGUCUGCACUGCAGAUCGCUUCAUAUACAAUGGCCACCCGUGCAAUGAUGGCCGAGGGACGUGCUACAAUGGGAAGUGUCCAAUGUUACAAAGCCAGUGUGUCGACUUAUGGGGAGCAAGCGCUGUAGUGGCAGAGGACUCUUGUUUCACUAUAAAUAAAAGAGGCACCAACUACGGGUACUGUCAGCUCCUGGAGGGCAGCUACAUACCAUGUGAAGCUAGCAAUGUGAGGUGUGGAGUACUGUACUGCUAUGGCGGCAGUGACAAUCCCAGUGUCUAUGCUUCUGUUGCUUCAUUUUCAAAAUGUCGGGGGGUUAUGGCUGCGGCGGGAAUGGUGCAGAAUGGAACAAUGUGUGAAGACGGAAAGGUCUGUUACAAUGGGAAAUGUGCCGAUAUUGACAGUACCUUCCAGUCAGCAGAUUGCUCUGCCAACUGCCCAGGACAUGGGAUUUGUGACCAUGAGUUGCAGUGUCAGUGCCAGGAGGGAUGGGCACCACCCGGCUGUGACGCCACAUCAGGAACCAAUUUUGCAAUCAUCGCAGUGGUAAUAGUUAUUGCCCUGGCUCUCAUAGUCGGACUCAUACUGAUGUUUGUGUUCCGCAAGAAGAAAAUGUUCUGCAAGAGGGGUACUCCGGCUACUGUAUCUGGUGCAACAAACCCAGCAUACCUGGAGCAGGCACAAAAGAAGUCCAACAUCUCCACACCAGAGCAGACGUCCAGGAACCUGCUGCACCCAGUGCCAACUGCGCCGACACAUCCCGCCAGCCGAGAUGGAUACCAUGGACCUCAAUACAGUGUGACCACAACAUCAGUUGAACUGAAUAAAAAAUCUCCGUCAUUACAGAGGCCGACUACUGCUCCACCCCCAGUACCAACUAGCAAACCACCUGUGCCCAAUCCUCCACCCGAGGUACCUGCCAACAAGCCAGCGCCUCCCAAUCCUCCACCAAAAGUACCUGCCAACAAACCAGCACUCCCCGUUCCUCCAAAGGCAUUGAAACCCCCUGUGAAAAGUUAAUAUGGACCACACGUGAAACCAGCUUGGAUGACACGCCUUUGAGGACAAUACUGUUUUUUUAUGUUCUGUUUUAUUAGUCCUAUGUGAACUGAGAAAUAGCCCAGAAGCCAAGAAACAGAGGGAAUGCAGUUCAGCAUUACAACAAUCUUCAUCUGUGGAUUCCAGCUCUACAGGGAUUGUUACUAUUUCAGUCUCUGUACGAUCACCUAUGGUCAUUCAUUACUGUCAAGACAAUGUACUGUCUAAACCAGGGUUUGGAAACCCGUGGCCCUCCACCUGUUUCAUGCAAUACGCUACAGUACAUUGUCUUUUUUUGUCUUUUUUUUUUUUUUUUAAAUACCAUGUAAAUAUUUUUACUGUAUAGAGGCAGAUUUUUGUAAUAUGUAAAACAAAAAAGCAAAAAAAAAAAUCCUUUUAUGUGUUUUACUUAUGCAUUUCAUCUCAGGACACUUGCAAAAUAAAUUGGAUGGUACGCAUAUAUGGCGCUGUCAAGGCGUAUAUAGCAUUAUCUGAUGGGAAUAAAUAGCACUUUUUGUUAUUGGCAUAACAACAGAUAAAAAUCUUAAGUACUGUAUGUAAAAUAUGUCCCUUAGUAUCAGAAAAUAUGCAUAAAUAUACAGAGGUUGCACAGUGAUUUAUGGGAAAUAAGCAGGGACGGCUCCAGAGGUGGAGCUGCAGCUCAGUUCGAUAUUCAAAUAGGGGACCUCACCAACUGCCACAGAGUCAGUUUGAAAUGACAGUUGGUGACAGUAGGUGUGGCUCCAUUAUUUGAAAUUUGAACUGACCUGCAGCUCCUCCUCUGGAGCCGCCCCUGGAAAUAAGCAUUGACCAAUGGGAGCCCUAAGCAGACUUUUGAUUCUCACAAUGUAACUGGACCACUGAUUGCAUAUUUCUUUAAUUGUUUUGCUUUAUUUGGAACCCAAAGCACUGGGAUGAUUUUAUAAUAGUAGCAAACCAAAGGUAAAAUGGAAAUCCUAGUUUAUCAUUUCAUAGCUGUGAGUGCCCUAAUAAUGCAGACAGUCCCAUCUUGAAUGCUGGUUCAGUUUACAGUAUUUAAUAUACUUUCAGGAGUUACACUACAUAUUAACGUCCUAAGAACUACUAAAAAUCAAGUCCAGUAUCUUAUACUGUCUCCCUUUUGUCAAGAUCCCAAUCCAGCUUGAUGCUACUGUAACUUUGUUUCUGUUUGUGCAGCAUGUAAAUAAAUGAAUUAAAUAUUUUAUUGUGACACUGGCAAAUCUAUUGGCUUCCCAAUUUGGCAUAAGUGCUGCUUAUUCUGCAUUUAAUCUGCAGUUUUCUUUAACCAGUUAAGUGGCAAACAGUUUUAUUUGUAAUAGGAGGAAGAACACAUAUUAAAACUUCAACAAAACAAUUUUAUGAUUUUUAUUUUUUUAAGUAGUUUUUCCCCAAACAUCGGAACAUCUGUUACCUUGUGACCAUUGCAAUGUUGAUUUUCACAGUGCAUCCACCAGGUACACAAUGGGGGGGCAUAGGGGGUUAAUUUACAUUUUCCCAGCGGCUGCUAAUGUUUGCGGCAGCACGGCAGACACAAGGGGAGGAUGCAGAGAAGCAGAGGGACUUGAAGGUGUGUCUCAGAGCAGCAGCUGUGGAAAUAUUCUCUUCCUGCAGCCGCCCACGCUGUGUAUCUGUCUGAUCACAACAUUUGCAACCAGAUCAUAUAACGCACUGCCUGGUGUUAUCGCAAAUGAUGUGACCAUGCCAUGCAAGUGUUCAAAUGCAAAACUAACCCUGUAUUAUCUUUCAAAUAAUUGUUGCUUUAAAUCCCAUUGCAGAAUUGCAUACAAUUCUUCACUUUUGCCAAAUUGGAACCUAUUGCAUUAGCCUCCGUGUGUCUUACUGAAUCAAUGUAUGGGGUAGGAGUACUGUAUGUUAGAGUGAAAGGGGUGAUAUUGUUUUUACAGGUGUUUUAUGAUAUUUGACCAGCACAAAGUUGCUGUUUGCAUUUUCCAUAGUUUAAUAAUGAAUUUCAAACAUCCUUUUAAGCAGAUUUGAAAAAUCUAGAUUUCUUUAUAAAUGAACAAUUGUUUUAUUUUUUUAAUAAGAUGACAAUAUGAAAUA